AGCAGUCGAAAGAAAUCAAAACAGCGGCAGAAAAUGGUGAUGAAACCAAUGCUCAAGUCCCUAGCAAAACUCUUCACCACCUUGAACUUGUCCCACUCUACCGCUCACAACCAAUCCCACCUCACCUCUCAAUUACUACACAGUCUAUCUUUGUCCUUUUCUCCAACCAAUUUCUUCUUUUUCAGCAUACUCAAGAUUCCACUUUUUUUAAACACACCCCAUCAAUUUUUUUCUUCUGCUGAACAUUUUUUUUUCCUCCAAGUUGAAAAAUGUCUGCUACUGGUUUCUCAGCUGUGGUUGCUGGAUCAACCUAUGCAGGUUUGACAUCCAAUUGCUCUAAGAUUUUCCCUCAGAAGGACUCAGUUUCUUGGAGCAAGAAAACUGUUUCAAAUGGCUCUAAAACUCACUGCAUGAAGACUUGGAACCCCAUCAACAACAGGAAGUUCGAGACCCUUUCAUAUCUUCCACCUAUCUCCGAUGAAUCGAUUGCAAAGGAGAUUGACUACAUGAUCAAAAAGGGAUGGAUCCCUUGUCUUGAAUUCGACGAGGUGGGAUGUGUGCACAGAGAAAACAGCAGGAUGCCAAAUUACUAUGAUGGGAGAUACUGGACUCUGUGGAAGCUGCCCAUGUUUGGCUGCAAUGACUCCUCUCAAGUUCUGAAUGAAAUUCAUGAGUGCAAAAAGGAAUACCCCAAUGCUUAUAUUCGCUGUUUGGCAUUUAACAACGUCAAACAGGCACAGUGCAUGGCAUUUCUCAUCCAGAAGCCAAACACCGCCUAAAGCUUUUCUUGAUUAGACAAGUGUGUGAUCAGCUUAUUUUGUUGUCUUCCCGUGCGACUUUUAAGAAUAAUUCUAAUCAACUUGUUUUAGAGAAAGAGAAUCUCUCAUAAAAUAAGUUGCUUAAACUGUUGAAUCACAUGGUAUGGGAUCCUGGUUUAAGCACAUAGAAUUGAUUUUUGGUGCCCCUUGUUUUGAAUAGCAAGCUGUAAAAGUUCUUUCUGUUUUUAAA